AGCAACAUCCCUCGGGUCCAGAAAGGCAGAGUACGCAACCGAGGCUGCUGUAUGCCGCGACUAGAGGAAUGACCGCAGAAACUAAACAUUGAAUCUCGAUAGGUAUGUAGCCUUGGAGCUGGAAAUACGGAAAGGUUGUAAGAGUACUACCUAUAGAGCUACUAUAGUUACUCAGUCGAAUCCGAUUCUUAUGACAAGCAACCUUGUUGCUUUCUUUUUCCCGCGAUGGCUUCCCAAAGACCAGAAUUCUUCAAUUUCGCAGUCAAUGUCAUCGACUAUUGGGCAGCCCAGCCAGGCAAUCUACAAGCCAUGCAGUGGGUGUCGCAAGAUGAGAGCUGCACAAAGACUAUGAGCUUUGAAUAUUUUGCACGCCAAUCGCACCGUAUCGCUGUCUUGUUUGAGCAAUGGGGCUUGAAAGAGGGCGAUACGAUGAUUAUGAUUCUUCCCCGAGUACCUGCAUGGUGGGAAAUAGCAAUUGGAGCCCUUCGCAGUGGAAUCGUUCUUUCUCCUGCAACAACUUUGUGCACCGAGAAAGACAUACAGUACAGAUGCGUCAAAAGCGCAGCCAAGGUAUUCAUCGGGGAUGCAGUCAGUGUUGCGAAAUUCUUGUCUAUCCAACAAGUCUGCCCAACAGUUGAGAAAGUCAUCCAAGUUGGGGAUGGUCCAAGUAAUCAAGCUAUCUCGCUCUACUCCUCGCUGGAGACGAUUUCUGCAGACGCGAAGUUCCAAGCAAUGCAGAGACACUGGUCUCGUCCGGCUUUGAUCUAUUUCACUUCAGGGACAUCGGGACCACCCAAGAUGGUGGGCCACAACCAAAUCUCUUACCCUCUUGCAAACGUAAACACCGGCAAGUACUGGUACCAGCUAGCUCCAGGUAGAGUUCUUUGGAAUACUGCAGAACAGGGUUGGGGAAAGGCUGCGUGGUCUUUCUUUGCAGCUUGGAAUUGCGGCGCAUCACUCUUUGUAUACGAUGAUCGUCAGGCUUUCAGACCCCAACGAACGAUCGAUAUCUUGCACCGAUAUCCAAUUACCACGCUUUGCGCCGCGCCCCUCGUUUUCCGACACUUGGUUUCAACACAAACACAAGAACACUUCAAGCAGAACCGUCCGAAGGCGUUAGUACACUGCACAGCUGCCGGCGAGGCACUUGACGCCGAGGUCACUAGGCGAUGGCAGCAGAUGACUGGGCUGGAAAUACACGAGGGUUAUGGUCAGACUGAAACAAUUUUGCUGUGUGGUAACCUCAAAGGAUCCAUAAUUCGGCCAGGAUCCAUGGGAAAGCCCGCACCAGGUGUACCCCUGCACGUUAUAACUUCCACUGGAGCCGACACAGCUGAUGGGGAGGAAGGUGAUAUGGCAGUCUUAUUGAGUGCUGGGAAAGAUAAAAGCGACUUCUUCGGGAUCUUCGAUGGGUACGUUGAAAGUGGAACCACGGUCCACCGAGAGGAAAAAACUUAUACAACGAACGGAGAGGUCAAGACAUGGUACUUGACCGGCGAUAAGGCAUAUCGUGAUGAGGACGGCUAUAUCUGGUUUGUGGGCCGGGCGGAUGAUGUCAUCAACACCUCUGGUUACCGAAUAGGCCCGUUCGAGGUGGAAUCGACACUAAAUAUGCAUCCGGCCGUUGCUGAAUCCGUGAUAGUAUCUUCUCCAGACGAUACAAGGGGCGAGGUUGUCAAAGCCUUCGUCGUUCUAACAGCAGAGUUCAAAGAUGCUGACCAGAACAAUCUCAGAGAACAGCUACAGGGUUUUUGCAAGAAGUAUGCUGCUCCAUACAAAUACCCCCGGAAGAUAGAAUUCGUGACAAGAGGUUUUCUUCCCAGAACCUCGAGCGGCAAAAUACAAAGGGCUAUUCUCAAGAAGAUAGAAUGGAGGAAUAGAGUCAAAGCAAGACUUUGAACGCGAUGGAAGUUGCGGCCUGAUGUUUAUCAGAGUCACUUUGAGACUGGGUACCCACAAACAUAGUGAUCUCUGGAGUAAAACCAGUACCGAAUGGAAUAAUGCGCUUGGCCCCUGAUCUGCGUCAUCCACCUCCCUACUAUGUAUUCUAG